AUGAGGUCAUUCCUUUGCUGGCUCCUUCUACUUGUCAUCAUGGCCUCAGUGACCCAAGGCCAGCCAACAAGGAAGCCAAAAUUUAAAUUAAAGCCCAAGUCCAGCAGGCUCAGGCCCACUCCCAGCUUUCAUGAGUCCUUGGAGCCUUUGGAGCCUACAGACCUGCCCCCUCCCCUCCCACCAGGUCCUCCAUCUAUCUUCCCUGACUGUCCCAGAGAAUGCUACUGUCCCUAUGAUUUCCCAUCUGCCCUCUAUUGUGAUAGCCGCAACCUGCGAAAGGUCCCUUUCAUCCCAUCCCGUAUCCAUUACCUCUAUCUCCAAAACAACUUCAUCUCUGAGCUCCCACUGGAAUCCUUCAAGAAUGCCUCAGAUCUGAGGUGGAUCAACUUGGACAACAACCGGAUUCGAAAGGUAGAUGAAAGGGUGCUGGAGAAACUUCCCAGCCUUGUCUUCCUCUACAUGGAGAAGAACCAACUGGAAGAGGUCCCCUCGGCCCUACCCAAGAACCUGCAGCAGUUGAGGCUGAGCCAGAACCAUAUCUCCAGGAUCCCAACUGGAGCCUUCAGCAAGCUGGAGAACCUGCUGCUCUUGGAUCUCCAACACAACAGGCUGAAUGACAAUGUCCUUAAGCCCAACACCUUCCAGGGCCUCAAGAACCUCAUGCAGCUCAAUCUGGCCCACAAUACCCUGAGAAAGAUGCCACUUAAGGUGCCCACGGCCAUUCACCAGCUCUACUUGGACAGCAAUGAGAUCGAUGCCAUCCCAAAAGACUACUUCAAGGCCUUCCCCAACCUUGCCUUCAUCAGGCUUAACUACAAUAAGCUCUCAGACAGGGGACUCCCCAAGAACUCCUUUAACAUAUCCAACCUGCUGGUGCUUCACCUGUCACACAACAUGAUCAGUAACGUGCCUGCCAUCAGCAACAAGCUGGAGCAUCUAUACCUGAACAACAAUUCCAUUGAGCAAAUCAAUGGAACCCAGAUUUGCCCCAACAACCUAGACACCUUCCAUGACUUCUCUGCAGAUCUGGACCAUGUGCCACACCUGCGCUACCUGCGGCUAGACGGAAACUACCUGAAACCGCCCAUCCCACUGGACCUCAUGAUGUGCUUCCGCCUUCUGCAGUCUGUGGUCAUCUAG